AUGUUGAGCCACAAAAAAGGUAAGGAGCAAAAUGGUCGAAAGGAACAGCACAAAUUUGGCGAACUUGAUGUCUCGUCGAUGCGGAAAUAUCAUUCGUUCAUCCGUUCCCUCGUUCAUUCAUUCAUUCCAUUUAUUCAUACGUGCCAAUUGAAUCAUCAAUUGAUUGAAUUCAUUCAAAUAACGAAUGACGAAGUAGAAUCGCCCUUCUUCACUCGCCGAUGUCGAGAUCAGAGAUUCCUGAGAAGGAAGCGGUCGUCAGAAGAUCCCGAGCUUGUUGGCCAAACUAACAGAGAAAUAUGGUCUGAAAAUGCGUCGAGGUUUCUGAUACUACGCAUGUCCUACCAAACUUCUCCUUGCCAAGCCUCGAAAUCGUUCCAGCACACCGUGAAAGAGCUCCAAACAGGAAAACAAUUUGAUUGUCAUCCUAGGCGAGUAAGAUCUAUGCAAUGUGCAGUGUCCUUAGAGGCAUCACCCCACGAAUCUGAGGUGGUGCAGAUUUCAGGUGAACUAUUCUUAUAA